GUUUAGAGUUCUGGGUUCGAACCAAUUUAUUUUGGUUCGAAUCAAUCCCGAACUUUUGUUUUCCGAAAAUGGUUCGAACCAUCAUUUCUGGCUUCGAAGCAAAAAAUUCUGAAAGGAGCGGGUUCUCUUAGAACAGAUUUAACAAUCUAGAGUAGAUCCAUGGCUUCCCAAACUCAUUUUGUUGAAGGUCAUUCGAUCACUAGGCCACCUUAUUUUGAUGGAACAAAUUACCAAUACUGGAAAAAUAGGAUGCAGAUUUGGUUAGAAGCAAAUAGCUAUGAGUUGUGGGAUUGCAUUGCUAGAGGACCUUAUAAAGUGUUAGCUAGAGACCAGGAUAACAAACUUGUUCCUAAGGAUCCUGCAUCAUAUGAUGAAGCUGAUAGAAAAAAAUUGCAGAUUAAUGCUCAAGCUAAAAAUGCCUUGUUCUGUGCUUUGCAUCCUAGUGAAUAUGAUAGAAUUAGUGCAUGUGAUUUUGCUAAGGAAAUGUGGGAUAAAUUACAAGUGGCUCAUGAAGGAACUAAUGAAGUCAAGAAAUCAAAAAUUAACAUGUUGGUUCAAAAAUAUGAGCUGUUCAAAAUGAAAUCUGAUGAAGAAAUUAAAGACAUGUUUACUCGUUUUACCAAAAUCACUAAUGAAUUAAAGCUUUUUGACAGGGUGCUUCCUGAGGAGGAUAAGGUCAGAAAGAUUCUCCGUUCCUUGCCAAAAUCCUGGAGCUCAAUCAAGACCACAAUAGAAGAAGCUCAUGAUUUAAGUGCCAUGACUGUUGAGAUGCUGCAGGGGAAGCUCCUUACACAUGAAAUGGCCAUGAAAAAUUAUGAAAGUGAUGAUGAUUCUCGGAAGAAGAAAUCUGUAGCUUUCAAAAGCUCUUCCAAAGAUGAAAGUGAGAGUGAUGAAGAGGAUGAUGAAGAAUUUGUAUUGCUUGCUCGAAAAUUCAAGAGGUUCCUAAGGAAAGACAGGCUGAAGAAUUAUGGACAGCAAAAGAAAUACUUCAAAAGUAGUAAAGGAAAGGGAGAAAGCAGUAAGAGGGAUGAGAUUAUUUGCUACAAAUGCAAGAAGGCUGGACAUAUUAAAUCUGAGUGUCCAAACAGUGAUGAAAAGAGUCUAAAAGCCAAAAAGAAAAAGAAGGCAAUGGUUGCCACAUGGAGCUGCAGUGAGGACUCAUCUUCUAGUAAAGAAGAAAGUGACAUGGAAGCUCAUUUUUGUCUCAUGGCAAAAGAUGAUGCAGAUGAGGGAAGCUUCAAAGAGAAAUUGAAGAAAGAAAAAUGGUAUCUGGACAGUGGGUGCUCUAGACAUAUGACUGGAGACAAGUCACAAUUCUUGAACCUUGAGGCAAUGGAAGGAGGAACGGUGACAUUUGGUGACAAUGCAAAAGGCCACAUCAAAGGUAUUGGCCAAGUAGGUAAAAAUUCUGGUUUAAUUAUAGAAAAUGUUUAUUAUGUACAAGGUCUCAAGCAUAAUUUGAUUAGCAUAAGUCAACUAUGUGACAAAGGGCACAAAAUUAUUUUUGAGUCUAAUGCAUGCAAAGUGUUAAACAUUCAUGAUGAUGAAGUUCUGUUUGUUGGUAAGAGGAAGGGAAAUGUUUAUAUUGUUGAUUUUGAUGAUUUAUCUUCAUAUAAUGUAAAAUGCUUAAUGGCUAAAAAUGAAAGUGAGAGUUGGCUAUGGCAUAGAAGGUUAGGACAUGCAUCCAUGCAUUUGAUUUCUAAUUUAUCUAAGAAAGAUCUAGUUUUAGGCUUGCCUAAACUAGUUUUUGAGAAAGAUAAAAUCUGUGAUGCUUGUCAACAAGGUAAACAAACAAAAAUUUCCUUUAAGUCAAAGAAGGAUGUAACUACAUCAAGGCCACUAGAACUUUUGCACUUGGAUUUGUUUGGUCCUAUUGAUGUCACUAGUUUGGGCGGUAAAAAGUAUACUUUAGUAAUUGUAGAUGAUUAUUCUAGGUAUACUUGGACUGCAUUUUUGGCUCAUAAGAAAGAUACAUUUAGUGAAUUUACUAAAUUUUGUAAAAAGGUGCAAAAUGAAAAGGGAUUCACUAUUACAUGCAUUAGAAGUGAUCAUGGAGGUGAGUUUGAGAAUGAUAAAAUGAAAGAAUUUUGUAACUCAAAUGGAAUUGAACAUAACUUUUCUUCUCCAAGAACUCCACAACAAAAUGGAGUUGUUGAAAGGAAAAAUAGAACCUUACAAGAAAUGGGCAGAACAAUGCUAUGUGAAAAUCAAUUACCAAAAUAUUUCUGGGCAGAGGCUAUUAACACAGCAUGUUAUAUUUUGAAUAGAGUUCUAAUUAGGUCUAACUUGAAUAAGACGCCAUAUGAAUUGUGGAAGAAUAAGAAACCAAAUAUUUCUCAUUUUCGUGCAUUUGGUUGUAAAUGCUUUGUGCAUAACAAUGGCAAAGAAAAUCUAGGAAAAUUUGAUGCUAAGAGUGAUGAGGCUGUUUUUCUUGGGUACUCAUUAACAAGUAGAGCAUAUAGAGUUUAUAACAAAAGAACUUUAGUUGUAGAAGAGUCCAUGCAUGUUACUUUUGCUGAAAAUAAUGUUUCCCCGAGAAAGGUUGUUUUGGAUGAUGAUGCAGGUGAAAUUCAAACAAGGUUUGGAGAGCUACAUCUUGAAGAAAAUUCUGGAAAAGGAGAAGGCUCACAAAAACAUAAUGAUGUUCCUUGCCAAGACUUUCCAAAGACAUGGAAAUUCAAGAAAGAUCAUCCUAAAGAUCAGAUCAUUGGUGACAUAGAAAAUGGGGUAACAACAAGAUCUCACUUUGAUUUUGUCAAUAAUUUUGCAUUUAUUUCUCAUAUAGAACCUAAGAAUGUCAAUGAUGCAUUAGAGGAUGAAAAUUGGUUCUUAGCAAUGCAAGAGGAAUUAAAUUAGUUUCAAAGAAGUAAAGUGUGGAAUCUUGUAUCUCGUCCUAGUGAUCACCCUAUCAUAGGUACUAAAUGGGUCUUUAGAAAUAAGUUAGAUGAACAUGGUCAUGUUGUUAGAAAUAAAGCAAGACUUGUUGCUAAGGGAUAUAGUCAAGAGGAAGUUAUAGACUAUGAUGAAACAUAUGCACCAGUUGCUCGAUUAGAAUCUAUACGUAUGCUAUGUGCAUUUGCAUGCCAUAUGAACAUGAAACUUUUUCAAAUGGAUGUUAAAAGUGCAUUUUUAAAUGGAUUCAUUAAGGAAGAAGUUUAUGUUGAGCAACCCCCUGGUUUUGAGGACCCCCAUUUCCCUAGAUCAUGUAUUCAAGUUAUCUAAGGCUUUGUAUGCGUUAAAACAAGCUCCUAGAGCUUGGUAUGAAAGACUAAGUGGGUUCCUAAUUGAAAAAGGUUUUUCUAGAGGAAGAGUUGACACCACUCUAUUUAUAAAGCAUCAUGAAAAGGAUUUCUUAAUUGUUCAAAUCUAUGUAGAUGACAUAAUAUUUGGUGCUACUAAUGAACUUCUUUGUGAGAAUUUUUCUAAGCUUAUGCAAGGCGAGUUCGAGAUGAGUAUGAUGGGAGAAUUAAAUUUCUUCCUCGGUCUGCAAAUCAAGCAGAGUAAUAAAGGGAUUUUCAUUAACCAAACUAUGUAUACCAAAGAGUUGCUGAAAAAGUUUGGGAUGGAAAAGGCUAAGCCUCAACCCACACCAAUGAGCUCAACC